AGCGGGGGAAUAAUAAUCCAGAAUGGCGACUAUCUUUACACAGUCCAUGUAGACCGAGUACUUAUUCCCGCCCCCAUAACGUGACAAAUUGUGACGUUGAAUAAACUCUAUCAUAUGUUAACAAUAAACUAAAUAAAUUGUACAAUGAUAAUAGAUAAUCCAGAUCAGUUCAAAGCUUGGUUAACAGCAGUUUUGGAACCACUGUGUGACGCCGAUCCAGCAGCUCUUGCUAAAUAUGUUUAUGCCCUGGUGAGGAAAGAUAAAACCCUGGAGGAGCUCAGCGGGUGCAUGGUGCAGCAGCUCGAUGUUUUUCUGCAGGAUGAAACCGAGAAUUUCGUGAAGCUGUUAUUCAAGACCUUGGAGACUCAGAACUACGUUCUGCCACCACCGAGGUCUGAUCCACCGAGGAGUAGAACACCACCGAGUGUCAAUCCCCCAGCACCUAUGGUACAACCUGAGGUAAUUGAGCCUCCAGUAGCUCAGAAUCCCCCAGUAGCACUGAGUCCACCUCCACCCCAGGUGAACGGUUCAGCAGCUCUGGCAGUGAGUAAACGUGAAUCACGAAAGUCAGAUUCCGAAAAGGAUGACAAAGAGAAAGACAAGAGACCCAGGAGCCGUGGGAGGAUGCGAUCGAGGACAAGAUCGCGGUCUAGAUCAUGGGAGAGGGAUCGCAGAAGGUCCAGAAGUCGAGAGCACAUCAGGAGAGACAGGGAGCGGGACAGGAGUCGCCCCUGGAGAAAUAAAUCACCUCCAUCGAGUGUGAGAAGGCACGAGAGGAGGCGAACUAGGAGUAGAAGCAUAUCUCCUCUACGUUCUCGAACCAGAGACAACGCAGAGCCCAGAGACCACAGGGCAAGAUUUAGAAAUCGUUCUCCAACUCCCUUGCGUUCCAGAUCUCGCUCCAGAUCCCUAGAGCCGAAGAAAAGUGAGAGAUCCGAGAGGCCUCCAGAGGCCGUUAGGCUGGAUCGUCUGGACGCCAGUCCUGGAGGGACUCCCACUCAGGACAGCAAUCAUGGAGACAUUGACAUGAGACUGUCAACGACCAGUCAGUCGAUUCAGAGUGUCGUGGCAGUUGCCUCCACAGCCCCCAAUAGCAGAGGCUUCCAGGGAAAGAGACGUUGUCGUGAUUUCGAUGAGAAGGGGUACUGCAUGCGAGGAGAUUUGUGCCCUUACGAUCAUGGCACUGACCCUGUUGUCCUUGAGGAUGUCGCCCUCAGCAGAGUAUUGACAUUUGGACCCCAUGGGGCACAGGCUCCCAGUACUGUUCCAGUGCCUGCUGUCCAAGAACCACCUCCUGGACACAAUGGCAAUGCACCUCGCCCUCAUCUACCCCUGGCCAGUCUACCCCCUCCUCACCUGAGGAAUGAACACCACUCAAAUAUGGAUCUGUAUUCAGGUUCCUUUGCAGAAUAUAAUCCAGAUGCCCCAAGCAUGGAGCCACGUCUCCCAUGGGGCAGACAUCCACCAUCAGCUCCUGGUAUUUACGGUCGUGGGCAGCGUGAGCUAAUAAGUGUACCAGUGAUACCCCAUGCUAACCCUCCAGAGAUAACUCAUCCGCAGACAAAUCCACUCAAACGAAAACAAGCAUUUGAUUUCAAUCGUCUGGGGCCAAAACAACGAGCUGUGCAUAACCCAGCGAAUUGCUCUCUCGAGUUGAAAAAAGUACCUCGUGUUCUCAAUAAUAUAACCCAACUGAACAAUCACUUCUCCAAGUUUGGAAAAAUUGUAAAUAUACAAGUGAAUUUUGCUGGCGAUCCAGAGGCCGCUCUCGUUACAUUUCAAUUGCCCACUGAGGCUAAGGCUGCGUACCGGAGCACCGAGGCUGUGUUGAAUAAUCGUUUUAUCAAGGUGUUCUGGCAUAAUAAUGUUACCAAUAAUUCGGCGGGAGGUGCCAUUGAAAAUGUACCACCAGCAGGUUGUCGUCCCUCCGUUAAAGAGCGUCUGGGUGCAGCAGUGCCCCUCCCAGUGAAGUCCGAGGACACAGAGUACGUUCCAACGCGUCGUGCAACCGAGGACACCCCCCAGGUACCUCCAGCCCCUCAGCCGCAGCCCCAGGUGUCCCAAAGUCUGGUGCCCCCAGUCCAAAGGACCCAGCCACAAGCUUCAACACCUCCGACACGUGAGGACCGAGUGCUGGCGAUAAAAAAAACCCAGGAGAUUCUCGCGGCCAAAGAGACCCUCAAGAAAAAACAAGAGGAGAAACGCAAAGAGGCCAUUAAAAUAACAGCAGAUCUCCGGAAGCGAAAGCAGGAGCUCCUCGAUAAGAAUCUCAUCGAGAUAAGAUCAUUAAUCGAAAAGGCAGAAAAGAAUCCCGAGCAGAAGGAGGCGAUAAUGGGAACGAUAAAGCAUCUACAGCAGUCAAUCGAUCAACUGCGAAAGGACCUGGCGACUAAUGGACAAUCGGGUACGACGAAGAAUCAACCGAAAUCACGAGAACAGACGCAGAAGGAGAUACUAGAUGCUGAACUCGAUCUCAUGACUGCCCAGCAGGAGGGUCAGGACUCGGCUGAGCUCCAGAAGAGGCUCAAUGAACUCAGGGCGCAAGCAGCUGCUCUCGGUUUGAGCACAUCCACUGCUGUUGGCAGGGGCAUCAAAGUUGCCAGAGUUGUCAGGGGUGCAGGGGUGGCUGCCUACAGGGGGAGGGGCAGAGGAAGUUUCGCUCAUGUUUCGGUGGAUCACAGGCCCACGGGGCUCCUCAUCUCGGGGUAUGAGAGUGACGAGAAGGGUGAAGUCCUUGCGCAUUUUCAGCAAUAUGGAGAGAUAAUUAAUCAAAUAGUGGACGAUGCCACUCCCUCGGUGAUGAUCACCUAUAAAUCCAGGAAAGAAGCAGAAGUGGCGAUGCUGAAGGGGAGAACUUUCCAAGACAGAUUGUUAUCGGUGACCUGGGUAUCUGGUCACCAUCUUCACCGUGGUGGGAGUAGUUUGAGCACUGGAGCGAACUCCAAUACAGCAUCUGCUCGGUCUGAUCAGGCACAAGUUGUUGAUGACGAUAUCGAUCUUGAGGGAGCUGCUGAAGCUCUUCUCCUCGAAGAGAACGAGGAAGAGGAGGACGAGGACGGAGAGUCACGAAGUUGGCGACGAUAGCAGCAUCGUUUAUGACGACAUUCACCAGCUAUCAUAAAUAGUCACACAAUCAUUCACGUAAUGUGUGAAUGUACCCUUGGCACAUGUGCCACAAAUGCACCGAUGAUUGUUUCCGCAUCCGUAUCAUCAAUUAAAACUAUUUACAAUAUUGCAACGGGUCGUGAACACAUCGACAUUAAUCUGAGUGUUAUAUUUGUUAUUAAUAAUUGUAACAAAAAAACUAAUAAAUUUUUUUCUCCUUUCGGAUGAUUAAUGUGAGGAAAUGGAAAACAAUAGUGACAAGUUAAGGUGCGAGGAAUUUUAAUUCUGUUAAUUGCGCAUCAUAAGAUAGACGAUGUACUAUUAUAUUGAUAAGGCAUGAGUCUGUACCCAAAUUUUCAAAAAAGAAUACAAAAAAAAAAUGAAAAAAAGGAAUUAUAAGAAGUAAAAGAAAAAAACAAGAGAAACAAAAAAGUCGAGUAAAAAAUUAUCCCAUUAUUUGUAGAAUAAAAUCGCUAUGUUUUGUAUGGGAAACACGAGUAUUGU